GUUAAAGGGGUUUAUCCUCUUGUUAAAGGUGAAAUAGAGAUGGGAUUGUAUACACAUACAUUCACGUACAUAUAACUCCUAUGAUUUCAACAAAAGACGCAUUGGAUUGUUUUAUUCAGGUUGCAUCAAAGGAAAGGCAGAAUUAUGUUCUCUGCAGUGAUACCUUACAAGAACCAGGACUAUCAUGCACUGAAGAAGGAAUGUUUGGAGAGUAAGAAGUUAUUCGAAGAUCCAGAGUUUCCCUGCACUAAUGCAUCCCUCUUCUACAAAACACCUCUCUCUGGAAGAGUUGAAUGGAAGCGACCAAGUGAAAUAAGUGAAGACCCACAUCUAUUUGUAGAUGGGAUCAGUACGCAUGAUCUGAAUCAGGGAGAGGUGGGAAACUGCUGGUUUGUAGCAGCCUGCUCCUGUUUGGCACUCAAACCAGACCUCUGGCAGAAGGUGAUUCCAAAUUGGAAAGAGCAGGAGUGGAAUUCCAAACAUCCAGAGAACUAUGCCGGAAUUUUUCACUUUCAGUUCUGGAUUUUCGGAAAGUGGACCGAUGUGGUAGUGGAUGAUCGUCUGCCCACACUCAAUGGGAAACUCAUAUACUGCCACUCAAAAGUCAGCAAUGAGUUUUGGAGUCCUCUACUUGAGAAAGCAUAUGCAAAACUGUCUGGUUGUUAUGAGUCUCUGAAUGGAGGGAACACCGGAGAUGCAAUGGUGGAUUUUAGUGGUGCAGUGGCAGAGGCUAUUGAUCUGCAAGUGGGUGAUUAUUGCACUAAUCCUGCAGCCCAAAACAAACUGUUCUCAGAUCUGUUGAAAGUGCAAGACAGAGGGGGCAUAAUCAGCUGUUCAAUACGGGCAUCUACUCAUGAGCGAGAGCUGCGCUUAGCGAAUGGUCUGGUCAAGGGUCAUGCCUACUCGGUCACAGCCGUUAAGAAAGUACGUCUGGGACAUGGUCUUGUAGCCUACUUCAAGAAUGAAACCCUCCCUCUGAUCUGUAUGAGAAACCCGUGGGGCAAACAUGAGUGGAAUGGAGCUUGGAGCGACAGCUCUGAAGAAUGGAGGAAGGUUGGUGAUAUGGAGAGGAAAAAACUAGGCAUCACUGUAAUGGACGAUGGAGAAUUUUGGAUGUCAUUUGAGGAUUGGUGUAAGAAUUUCACAGAUUCUGAUGUGUGUCGGCUGAUCAAUACAUCAGUUUUGAGUGUCCAGAAGACUUGGGAUGAGGUGGUGCAUUUCGGAACCUGGUCAAAGCAUGCAGAUCCACUGCAAAACCGCUGUGGAGGCUGCAUGAACCACAAACAGACCUUCCUUCAGAACCCACAGUACAUGUUUGAUGUGACUAAAGAGGAAGAUGAGGUGCUGAUAUCUCUGCAGCAGAAAGACAAGAAGAUCCACAAACCUCAUGGAAUGGGAGAAAAUCUGACCAUCGGGUUCGCUGUUUUCAAGGUUGAGUUGAACAGAAAAUACCGCAUGCAUGACAUCAUUACCCAGCAGAAUGUUGCUACGUCAACUUACAUUAAUGCACGGACUGUGUUUAUGAGGAAUGUGCUACAAGAGGGUCGAUACGUCAUCAUUCCUUCCACGUUUAGGCCGGAAGUCCUGGGAGAUUUCAUUAUCAGAGUCUUCACAGAUGUGAAUUCUGACUUCAGGGAACUCGUCCUUGAUAAACCCCAUGUACAAUGCUGGUCAUCAUUUUUGGGUUAUCCCCAGGCAGUCACUCAAAUUUAUGUGCACAGUGCAGAUGGGCUCCAAAGUCAAGACAGCAACGGAGGUGCUGACCCCUACCUUCUAAUAUCCUGUGAGGGCUCCAAAGUCCAAUGCGCAGUAAGAAAAGACACACGGAACCCUUCGUUUGACACCAGGGCCAUCUUCUAUAGGAAAAAACCACACAAACCAAUCACUGUUCAGGUGUGGAACAGGGAUGCUGUGAAGGACGAGUUCAUGGGUCAGGUGGUCCUCACAGCCUCUCCAGAGGACUCAUCGGACCCCAAGAAACUACAGCUAAGGAAGCGAGGCAGGGAAAUGGCUGAUGAGAUGCCUGGUACCAUAAACCUCAGAAUCAUCACAUCUAGAGAACUUAUAUCUAUGUGAUUUCAUAAGUGACUGAAAGUUUACAUUUACCUUACAAAUGAGGAAACAUUACAACUAAUUUGUCAUUUUGACUUGAAAUCAAAAUGAGCAAAUGUACAGUGAUGGAAAUAUAAGUGCAGAAAGUGGAGCUCCAUGAUUUGCCUCCUGAUACAGAUGGAUAUUGAAGGAAAGCCCUUAGCAACCAAAAGUACAUUGACUUGGCAACCUCCAGCAUUUUAAUAUAUGUGAUAUGUGUAUAGUGUGAAAGUCCCUUAUUUAAUACUCAGAUAUAGCCAAAACUAUCAACAAGCUGCCACCUGAUUGUCUUAAUAAAGGACUGACAAAUUCCCCUUAAAAAGUGAUUGUUUAGGCAAGCCAUAUUCACACUAUCAAAUUGUAGAGGACAAAUAUUAUACUUACAUAUCAUCACUGUAUGAUUUCAUGGUGAAAUAAAAGUUGAGCUAAUAAGUUUACAACAGAUAUCCAAUAGUGAAGUGCAUACUGUGAACAUUUACUUUUUGUGCAAACACUGCAGCUACAUUUUGUUUUAUAAGAAGACAUUUAUAUAAUUAUUAUUUUUUGUUAUUCCACUGUAAAAUUGCAAAAUGUAAACAUUUUGAAAAUGAAUUAGAAUAUUUGUUCUCUAACUGUACUAUUACAAUUAAAAAAUGAAUUGAAUAUAGUUGGGUGUCUCAUUUUCAUUAUAAAGUUCACACAUGUUGUUACACUGAUAACACAUUUACAUCACCUAUAAUGUUUUUUACAUCUGGAUUUUUAUUUAAGUGUUUGCUCACCUGCCUUCCUUUU